AUGGGAGAUGCAACUGUAAAACGAAUCCGAGACGAUCCAUCUGUCACUAGUGUCAACGCUGUGGGGUAUAUCGGCAAAAACGAGUCGCUGAUGGAGGUGUUCAGCCCUACUCAUGAAUACAUGGUCAUUAUGGAUCCACGGUCCAAAAUGGACGUCUGGACACAUGCUCAAAAUGUCACCAAACGAUGGAUCACCAAACACCAGGUCAAGGAUGGCAAACUAUUUGAAGGUGCUACCAGCUUCUACGAUGACGCCCUUAAGGUGUACUCAGGCUAUUUCGACCCCGAGACCAUUGAACGGAUCAAAAAUGAUGAGAAUGUGAGCGAGUCUAAACACAAAACGGCUCAAUACAAUUUGCUGACUCACUCUACUAUAGGUUGA